UAGCCCUGGAUGGCCAUGCUGGUUAGUUCAGCUGCAUGUUUGCCUGUUGAUUUUCAGCAACAUGACGGGAGAUGCACAAGGCAAACGACGGACUGUUUUUCCGUCGAAGAAAAAGCAGGCGAAGAGGAACGACACACAAGACCCUGUGAAAAACUUUGAAAGAUGGAAGAAAAAAUAUGACAAGACGAAAAGCCGCAUUAAACGCGACAAAAGGCAGAAGAAAAAGCCCGAAUGGCAAGUCGAAAGGGAAAACAUAGAGAGACUGGUCAACAAAUACUCUGAGAUAAACCCCAAGGAUGCUGUGAAGUUUUCAGAUUUCCCAUUGUCGAAGAAGACACUAAGAGCGUUGCUGGAAGCACAGUAUCGACAGCCAACAGAAAUCCAGAGACAGACCAUUGGAUUUGCUCUACAGGGGAAAGAUGUGCUCGGCGCUGCUAAAACAGGCUCUGGAAAGACGCUGGCCUUUCUCAUUCCUGUGCUGGAGUGCCUGUACCGCCAGCAGUGGACUGCGGAGGACGGGCUCGGGGCGCUCAUAAUCUCACCCACGCGGGAGCUCGCAUACCAGACCUUCGAGGUGCUUCGCAAAGUCGGCAAGAACCACGACUUCUCGGCUGGCCUCAUCAUCGGUGGAAAGGACCUAAAGCACGAAUCUGAGAGGAUCCACCGCACCAACAUCAUCAUCUGCACCCCGGGACGGCUGCUCCAGCACAUGGACGAGACCUCCACCUUCCACGCCUCCAGCUUGCACAUGCUGGUCCUAGACGAAGCAGACCGGAUCCUGGAUAUGGGCUUUGCCGACACCAUGAAUGCCAUCGUGGAGAAUCUGCCCAAGACACGCCAGACAUUGCUCUUCUCCGCCACACAGACCAAGUCUGUGAAAGACCUGGCCAGACUGAGCCUGAAGGACCCUGAGUAUGUGUGGGUCCACGAGAAGGCCAAGUUCAGCACCCCCGCAACACUGGAGCAGAACUACGUGGUGUGUGAGCUGCACAUGAAGGUCAACAUGCUCUUCUCCUUCUUGAAGAGCCACCUACAGAAGAAGGUCAUCGUCUUCUUCGCCUGCUGCAAGGAGGUGCAGUACCUGUUCCGAGUGUUCUGCCGGCUGCGUCCGGGGAUCCCGGUUCUGGCCCUGCACGGCAAACAGCAGCAGAUGAAGAGGAUGGAGGUCUACAACGACUUCAUCCGCAAGAAGGCCGCAGUCCUGUUCGCCACCGACAUCGCUGCCAGAGGCCUGGACUUCCCUGCUGUCAACUGGGUCCUGCAGUUUGACUGCCCAGAAGACGCCAACACCUACAUCCACAGAGUUGGCAGGACUGCAAGGUAUAAGGAAGGAGGGGAGGCACUGCUGGUUCUUCUGCCCUCAGAGGAGAAGGGGAUGAUAGCACAGCUUCAGGAGAGGAAGGUCCCUAUUAACAAGAUCCAGGUCAACCCCGAGAAGCUGACCGAAGUGCAGCAGAAGCUGGAGGCCUUCCUGGCUCAGGAGACAGAGCAAAAGGAGCGCGCGCAGAGGUGCUUUGUCUCCUACCUGCGCUCCAUCUACCUGAUGAAGAACAAAGACGUCUUUGAUGUGUUCCAGCUGCCACUGGAGCGGUACGCAAAUUCUCUGGGGCUGGCUGUGGCUCCGAGAGUGCGCUUCCUCAGCAAAGCCAGGAAGCAGAGGGAGGGCGCGGAGGCGGGCCGGGGAGCCGGGCAGGGGGGCGACUCCGAGGAUGAGCUGGAGAGCUUCAGAGCGCAGCUCCGAGGUGAGAAACACACGCCUGCGGUGAAGGAGGGGCCCACCGAGUCCCAGGACGCCCCCACCGCAGAGUCCAGGCCCGGAGCAGACCCCAGCACGGAAGAAGAAGAGUCUGUCUCAGAGGAGGAAGCAGAGUCUGACAGCUCGGAUGGGGAGGAGGACGCUCCGGCUCGACCCGCGGGCCUGACCCUCUGUCCUGACGAGGACGAGGAGGAGGACAUGAAGGACCUGGACCUGCUGACGGUCAAGCGGAGAGACGUGUUCAGCCUGGAGGACAGUGCUGAGGAUGAGGAGCACAACAGCAAAAAUGCACCCAAGAAAAAGGCGGUGAAAGAGUCCAAGUUCAAAGAAGCCAAGAAAGCCCUGAAGAGAAACUUCAAAGUCAACACCAAGAUGACCUUCACUGAAGAUGGAGAGAUGGUGCAGCAGUGGCCCCCACUCCAGAGGACGGCGGCGCCAUCUGGCCCGGAGGACAAGGAGACGUCUGGCAUCAACGUGGAGGAGGCCCGUGAGAGGCUGAGGAGGGAGGACCAGGAGUUCGACAAGCAGGAGUACAGCAGGAAAGUAAAGGAGAAACACCGGGAGAAACGACUGAAAGAGAAAGCUGCUCGCAGAGAGGCCAGCAAACGUCAGAAAGAGGAGCAGAUGGGGGAGUCUGAUGAGGAGGAAGAGGAAGCGGUGGCUUACCUGGACCGCAGUGACGGCGAGGAAGAAUUUGAUCCCAGCUCUCUGCCUGAUCCAGAUAAACACUCAGACUCAGAGCAGGAAGACCUGAGCAGAGAGGCCACUGGAAAGGACCUGAGGAAGAGGAGAUACAUCGACAGCAGCAGUGGUGAAGAAGAGCCUGUGGCGGGCAGGAAGAAGAAGGCCAGAAAGCAGGACACCACAGCAUCUCAGCCCCUGGACACCGGCCUAUCGCUGGCUGAGGAUGAGGAGCUGGUCCUCCAUUUGCUGAGAGGAGCUAGCUAGACCUGCCGAGUGGAGAUGUUUUCAGGGUCUCUUCAUUUUUUUUAUAUUACCACCUUUGAGAAGUUUGUUUGUAGAAAAACUGGAAGAACAUUUUUCAUGGUUUUUCCAACAUGGAAGAUCAUACACGGGAUAACAUUAUGUAUGCUGCACUCAAUCAGUGAUGAUUUACAGUACAUAAUUUCAGUGUUGGCAGUGUGCAGACAUCAGCCAUUCUCACAUUCGUACAGGUGUUAAGUUUGGCCACCUUUUCACUUCACAAACUGUUUAUUUUUCCCAAUUGCAUUCCUCCCGUUUUGUGAGAUAUACAUGCGCUGUAGAUCUGUUGCCAAGAGAGUGGGGAGGUCAGGCAUCUUUAGGCCCCAGCUGAAGUUAAAAAAAAAAUACAAUGUUUUAUAGCUGCUGUCUUGUAGGCUUUGUUACACACACAUCUAAAGUAAGAGCUGUUGUGUUUCUACCAUGUGCAGAAAAGAUUCAUGUUUUCUCAGAAAUGAAAAGGGUUAUCUCUUUGUAGAUUUAGCCCACAGACAUAAAGCAACACUUUCAAGAUGGGGAUCAAUUCUGUGCCAGGAAACCCAAUCGAUAACAUUGCGGAUUUUUGUAA